AUGGCAUCUGAACGCACCGGCAAUUUCAGUGCUCUGCCAGACCAGAUAGAUCCUUUGACAAGCUGCAAGGAUGAAGAUUUCUUACAGGUGAAAUUCUAUCUCUCUGUUCUUUAUGGCCUGAUCUUCCUGGUGUGUUUCCCAGGGAACAUAGUGACAAUUUUGGUUUACUUUGUCAAGAUGAGGCCCUGGAAAAGCAGCACUAUCAUUAUGCUAAACCUGGCUAUCACUGACUUACUCUAUUUAGCCACGCUUCCUUUCUUUAUACACUACUCUGCUAAUGGAAAUAAUUGGAUUUUUGGAGACUUCAUUUGCAAGUUAAUUCACUUUUGUUUCUACUUCAACAUGUACAGCGGUAUCCUCUUCCUUAGCUGCUUCAGCAUCUUCCGCUUCUUUCUGGUUGUCCACCCAAUUAAAUGCCUUUUUGUUCAAAAACGGAGAUGGGCGGUGCUGACUUGUGUGGUGGUUUGGAUGAUUUCCCUGGCAGCCAUCAGCCCCUUGGGCAUCUUGAUUGCCACAAGGCAUAUGCGGAACAGGACCAUCUGCCCGGACUUGGCUCUUGCUGAGGACCUUGAGACUACACGGUGGUAUAACUGGCUGCUGACCAUCACUGUCUUCUUCUUGCCCUUGUUGACGGUGACUCUGUGCUAUGUGCUCAUUAUUUACACCUUGGCUACCGGGCCCCACACACGGGCUUGUUACAAACAAAAAGCCCGCAGACUCGCCAUUGUCCUCUUGGUGGUCUUCUACGUGUGCUUCCUCCCCUUCCACGUCUUUCGAGGGCUUCAUCUGGAGCUCCGUGUACAACCAGUGAGCUGCCACUUGAAGAACAUGACCCUUUUUAUGUUUAUCAUGGCUAAACCUCUAGCAGCAUUAAAUACUUUCGGAAACUUAAUGCUCUAUGUAGUGACAGGAGACAACUUCCAGCAGGCGAUCCUCUCACUUCUCAAGUUUCAGACAAACAAGAUCUUGAAGUAG